AUGACCCACAACUGCAGUGUAUUUAAAAACGCUUGUUUAAAGGUACCAGUUGACCCGUUCACUAAAAUGCCGAAAACUGCAUAUGAGCGCAAAGAUAAAGCUGUCAAAGAGCAAAGUUCUAUUGAUUCUGUUUCUACAACAUAUUCUGUGUCUACAGCAGACAUUGAUGCCGAAAAGCUUAAGGAUUUUUACCGCAGUAUACCGGAUUACAAUGACAUUAACCACUUACCAGAAGACCAGUUUUACUCGACACUGAAAUCAUUGAGAGAAAAAAAGCAAAUCAUGUUUCGUGUUGCCGUGGAACACAUCGACGAAUGUGAUAAACAUGGGAAACCCAUCGAAAGCAUAUUAGUUAAAACAAGUAUUAGAGAUAAAGCGGCGAAGUGCAGAACUAACUCGACAUUGAGAAAUAAAUAUUCAGCUCAAAAUAAAGACAAUGGUGCAGAAAGGCUUAAAAGCGAUUCAGGAAAAAUGUCAAGUGACCCCGUACUUUCGUCGACAAAGGUCAUAGGUGCAACUUCUAAGAAACAUUCACGCAAAAUUGCAGGGUCCACAGACACCAAUAAAUACGUUGAAGAUAAUUUCAAAUUAACUCCAGAAAUAACGUCGCUAAGCAAAGAAAAUGUUAGAACUGAUCGGCCGAAGCGAAUCCAAUCGGCUUGUUCCAUAUCAUGGAGCGACGCAAAGAUAGAAAAAACGGACAUCGAUCAUAAGUUUGACGAGUUCUUCGACGGUAGAAAAUACACGACUACUUCAAAAGAUAAUUUUAAAACACAGAGCAUGCCUUCAAGUCCAUUAAGGCUACAACGAUCUCCAAUUCGGAGACGAAAAAGUAUGACUAUACCUAAGCCGUUUAAAAUGACUGAGAGAGAUGAAGAUGAACGCUUAGUAAACGAACUUCGUAGUCUGCGCAAAUCGUUUUCUGAUGACAUGCUGCAUCAAAAACUGGAGAGACGCCAGUUCAAAGCGAAUCCUGUGCCCAUUGAGUCUCGGAUUCCCCUCUAUGACAAGAUCCUCGAGGACCAGGCCAUGAGGAGAGCAAUUACCAAGAUGAACAGUGAAGCUGAACUACGAGCUCAGAUGAAGCCUUUUAGCUUUACAAAACGAGAGGAAAAAGGUCUGAGCACCGUGUGCGACAGAGCCCUCACCGUCCUUCCAAAAGGCAAAAAGAAGAAACGUUUCAAGGCCAGACCUUUUCCGAAAAAUUUAUUCUCCAAUUAUUUUUAUGAUAAAAUGAAAGAAGAUGAAUUCUUUCGGAGUAUGAACAGACGCAUCCGAGCUGAAGAGAUGCUUCGCACAGCUAAAAUGCCAGGCACGAUGGCAAUACGUGACCGGAGUCGGCUUUCAACCCCUGCAGCUCAUAGCGACUUGCCUAUAGAUCCAUCUCCUAUUGUCCCUUCCCCUACGUCAUCUGAUAAACAUCGAUCUCCCAGCCCACGUAAAGGGAAGAGGCGCGAUAAGGCUCCUAAAGAAGAGUUUAUCACGACCAGUCCCCAACCUUUUAGGUUUAGCACUGCUGAUAGAGCUGCUAAGAAGAUGGCAGAUAUAACAAGAAAAAUUUAUCAAGAAAGUAAGAGUUCAGACAGUACAGGAUUGAGAGAUCCUGGAAGUCGUGUAUAUUCUGCCAUGGAACUACGAGCAGCAGCAUCAGGGAGGUCUAAUCUAGCUGCCUUGUUAAGGGCUGAAGCAGUAAGGAGAAGGUUUGAAUUGGAACAGACCAGAAGGUUGGAUGAGCAACAACGAAGAGCGGAACUUCGACACAGAGAUCGCCUUCUGCGCUCUAAGCCUGCAUGGCAUCUUGUGAAAAACAAUCACGAAGAAGACAUCGCGAUGCGGUUACAAACGAGACGAGAUGAAGAAAGAAUGCGGCGUGAAGAGUUUCUUCAUGAAAUGGAACUCAUGUAUAGCAGAGUCCAGCAACAACCAAUGCUCUUUGAGAGGUAUUAUGCACCUCGCUCUCAUUCAGCACCAAUGGAUUCCUUACAACUAUCACCACGGAAAACAAAGAAACGCAGCUCUAGGAAAAACUACCUCUUUAACAGCCCUAACCAAUCCCGAAAGGUGUCAAUAAAUGAUACUGCAGAAGCUUUUAACGGAGAUGUAGCUGAAUACCUGAAUAGAAUUGAAAAUGACGAUUUGUCUGAUUCAGAAGUAGGCAUUGAUACUGGUAGAGGAAAAUUGUAAAUCUCGAAAUGUGUUUGGACGUACCAUAUUAGUUUAAUAUAAUAAA